AUGAUGAAAAGUUCCCAAAAAUUAUAACUUCAGCCAUCAUAGAAUGCCAAAUCAAAGACCUCUAUGGCUUAUGCUACUGUUGCAAGCUAUCCUAAGAAGCAAAGCAAACCUACUCUAUCAACAUAUCACAGUAUUAAAAAUUUGCACUAAGAGGUAAAGAGCCUAUUUGAGUAGCCAGGCAGUAGUAAUUAAUAAGAGUCUGGAUGUGCUACUAAUGUAUCAGAGAACAUUCAGAAUGAACAUAAUAACUUCCUUAAUAAGAAGAAUAGUAACAAAGAUGGAAACAGUAUUGGCCAUAUUGGCAAUGAGUACAUUUAAUAUAUGCAGAAUUUUACUCUUUAAUCUUCAGGUAAAUUUUUGAAUUUAAAUUUCACAGAUUCAAAUAAUAACCUUCAUCAGUAGCAAAUCAGCGAGCAGUAUUUGUAGCUCAGAGCAUACACUACAAGUCCUCAAAAUUCUAUUAAAAUCUAGUAAUACACAAGUGAUCAUGUAAACGACAGAUAAAAGGCAACUUUUUCACCUAAUCCUCAAAGCAUGUAGUCUCAUUUGAGCAACCAGAUUAGCACUAAUUAGUAAUACUAAACUAAUAUUCAACCAAUGACUACCAAAAACUCUUAGAAUAAAAAGAUAUCAUAUUUUGGAACUAAGGCACCUACAUUUAAAGUGCAGAACUCAAUCACCAAAUCUUAGAGCAAUAAAAAUCUGAUCAAUGAUAAAUUUCAAAGUUAGGGAAUAUAACUGACAUAAACUCAAAGUAUCCUUUAGCCUCAGGCAAGCAUGUCAAAUUUGAUAGGAAUAAAUAAGUCUUAAAUUAAAAUGAUUGACUUAAUUAACUCCCAAGCUAAGAAGCCUUACGAAAGCAAAACCAAGAAAAGUAUGAUGAAUGAAUCAUCUCAGAUGCUUAUCAAUUAUGAAAACAUGCCUACAGGGAUGAUUCUGAGAGAUAUCAAAGAAACUGCCAAGCUAUAUAUUUAACCAAAGACUGCAAUGGAAAAUUACAGAAUAAAUACUGAUGCUCAUUAUGAAAAAAUAAAUCUCUAAUAGUUUAACUCUUAAAGCUUAGCCAAUUCUAAUGAACAUCCUUCUAUUCAUUAGGAUGCCUUAGGAGGGACAUUUUGUAGUUUAAAGGAUUCUAUGGAUUAUGCUGCCUAGGAUUAGAUUGUCAAGACUCAGUAAGAUGAGCCAAUGCAUCAUUCAAAUGAAAAGGAUUUUAAAAAACCACGAAGAAACUAAUAAAGCCAUGAUAAUAAUGCUCAGAUGCAAUCCACACCAAUUAAGAAUCAAUUCUCGAAUUAGACUAAACAUCAAAGAUAGCCUAAUUCAAAUCAUAACUUUAAUUAAACAACUAUUCAACCGUAAAACAAUCUAUUUAGUCCAACUUCUAAUGAGCAAUCAACAGCAGCAUGCACUGGAGUAAAAAAUAAAACUCAUAAGCUAAACAAAAUGCUUAAGAAUUUAAUCAAUGAUACUAAUCCAACUUAUAGUCAGAUAGCUUAAGUUAGCUCUCCUAAACUGUCCCCCUAUAACUAAAGUAUAGGUUUAAAUUCUCAACCUAGCAUAUCACAAACUCUUUAAUCCCAAACAGCUAACAAUAAAUAGCUCCAAGGUGCCAAUUAUUGCUAGAAAUAACAGGCAAUUACUACUCAUAAGAAAGAUAAUUCAUAAAAAACUGCAAUUUAAAAUUUCAAAAAAUAAAGCAAAGGUAUAAAAGUGAAUCAGACCAUUAAUAUCCAAUCUAACUUGAAGCCAAAUUAAUCUAAAGGUAAAAUAAACACUACAAGAAAUGAUGGAUAAAACAGAAAAACACCAAUUGAGCAGAUUUCUUAGCCUAUUUAAAUUAAUCUUUACUCAUCAGACUCUUAAGCUUCUCUUAAUUCACCAGGUGUUGAUCAAGUCAGUUUAGUUAUGCAGAUUGAAGGUUUGAAAAAAGAAAUAGAGCAAAUGAAAAGCAUCAAGAGUUAACUUUAAGGGAAGGACAGAGAGAUUCAGCAGCUGAAGAAGAAGAUAUAAGGUCUCUCCAAUGACAAAGUGAGACUAAGACAUCAAGUUUCUGCAGCUAGAGCAGGUGGGAUAGGAGGCCAGAUAGAUUAAUCAAGUGGAAACGCUACUAGUGCUUGCGAAAUUACAUCUAAUAGUAAAAAGGUUGACAGAAGUGCACUUUCAAGUGGAGGUGCUAGUAGAUCUUAUGCUAAGCCCUUUUAGCAACUCGUUAGCCAUAUUAAGUCAAGAGCAGGCAAAAAUAUUAGGAUUGAAAACUAAGAUACAAUAAACCUAGGACCUUCACAACAUUCUCCAAUAUUAAAUGAAAAUCUGAUUAAGACUCUAAACCAUUAAAAAUCAACGAGAAAUAAAAUUGCUAAUUAAUCGAACAGUGGCGUAACAUCAAAUCAUAGGCUACUAAGUGGUCAUUAAAUGCAUGUUUAAUCAUAGCCACUCUUAUUGUCAUAGUUCAAUUAGCAUGAAGAGUUUAGCAUAGGGCUAGAUGAUCAGUCGCCACCACUCAAACUAAAAAGAGUGAUUUCUCAAUAAUCUAUCGACUCUAUUAGCAACUACUCUUCAUCUUAAUAAAAAAGAGAAAACUUGAGAUACAAACGAAGCAAAGAUGAGUGGGACUUAAAUCAAGAGGAAUAAGAUUCAAAGAUCAUAAAUGAGGAUGCAUUUGAGAGCCAUGAUUUCGAUCAAGAGAGAAUAAGAGAUCAGCAGCAGAAGUCUGAAAAUAAAAGAGAGGCUUAACAGAAUUAAAGCAUUUAGGAAAUGAGUAAUUUGAAGGAUAGAAUGAAAGGCUUUAUCUAGAAUUAUGUACAUUACAUUAGAUAUCUAGAGAAUAAGAUUAGAAGACUGGAAAUUCAAAACAGGAGAAAUGUAGAGUUUGAUCUCGCAGAUUUAGAAGUUUAGGUCAAGGAGUAUGUUGAGGACAAUAAUGUUAUCUAUUACCUAAUAGAAGUCAGACUAUUGGCUUAAAUUUGGAUUCUUAAGAAGAGAUUUUCAGAUUUCGAUAAAAUGCAUGCUAGAUUAAAAGCAGACUUAGAGUUUAAAGCUGCUGAAAAUCUACCUGAUUUGCCGCCGAAAAAACUAUUCUUCAACAAAGAUCCUUAAUUUUUGAGAGACAGAAUGAGAGCGUUGAAUAGGUUUAUUAAGUUAGUCAUCUUGAUAUACGAAGCAAUAGAGAAUCCAAUUAUACAAAGAUUCCUUGAGAUAGACACCUAGUUCAAUCCUAACUAUGAAUACGAGACGAUUGAUGUUGGAGUGAUAGAUAAUCCCUCAGAUGAAUCAAGCUUAUUUUUAGAAGGGGAUAAAUUAUCUAAAGUCAAAAAGAGAUUUUAGGAAUAAAAGGAAGGAAAGGGAAAGAAAUUAACGAAGCAAGAGGAAAGAGAACAAUAUUUACUGUCUCAGUUCACUGUUAAGGAUCUGCCAAAUCAUCGGUUUUAUAAUCCAUAAAUUGAUGCCCCAAUAUCUGAGGAUUUAGACUGCUCUUCAGAUUAUUUAGAUGAGUUUCAUGGACGAGAGGCCUAUUUCGAUAUUGAUGAAGAAGGAAUAUAUUAGGACCAAUUAAAUCUAUCACCAAUAGAUACUAUGCAAAAUCUUAACCUGGAAGAAACUAAAGCAAGCGAUGGCUAGAAAUCUGGCUUAUAGCUAAAUAAGAUGGUAGAUGCACUUUUUUAUUCAGAAAACAGUAAAGCUUAAAACGGGAGAGAUAUGGAUAGUCACAGAAAUACAAUUGAUAGGCCAAUUGAUUUGAUAGGAAAUAAAUUAUCAACUGAACCAGACGAUGAUCAACCUCUUAGAUUAAUUCCAAUUCCACAUUAGAGAGCAAAUAAAGUUUCACAGCAGGUAGAGAAUCUGAUAAAGACUUAUAAGCAGCAAAACACUUUCAACAGUGAGAAUAAUGCCUACUAGAACUAUCAAAUUUUCACCAAUAACUCACCCAAAAAUGAUCUUGAAGCAGAGUUUCAAAUCAAUGAUGAAUAUGAAUAAAUUGACGAAAACUAGUGCGACGACAUGAAUAAGAUCUUAGUCAAGAAAGCCUCAAAAGCUUGUAAUAAGCUAAUCAAGGAAAAUUCAGAGCUGUUUAGACUUAAUUACAAGAUAAACGAAAUGAGCUAAGAGUUAGAUGAAGCUGACUUAUAUUUCAAUGAUUUGCGCUCUAAGAUUAUUGAAAGAUGCCAGCUCAUCAAAAAGAUAAUGGCGAACCCUACAAAACUGCAUAAAAUUAAGAAAAACUAACUUGUCAAUGCUAUUCAAUAAGAGAUCGACAAUGAUGUUCUUAAUUUCGUUGAAGAUUAGCCAAUUUUUGGGGAGGACAUGUAUUCAGAGCCCUUCAACUAGGGACAUGGAUCACUUCCUUCAAUGAGCACUGGCAUGUACUUAGGCAGCAAUGUCUAGAAUAGACUUGCCGCUGUCAAUCGUAAAUAGCAAGUAGUAAAUAAAUUUAUUUGA